GAAAAACAAUUCAGCCAUAUCAUAUAGACUUCCAUAUUGAAAUUAAAUAAAUGGAAAGCCGACUUGACUUGAUCAUUCUUGUUUGUAGGAAUUACCAGAUGUUCCUUUGUUUCUCAGUUUGCACAAUCUCUGUGCGACGCUCAAAUGCACUUCUCCCUCUGCCAUUAUAUUUCGCUCUGCAGUCCUGAAUGCAGGAUAUCGUAUAUCAGGAACUCAUGUGAAUCCUCUUGGGCUGAAGACAGAUGCUCCGAUGGAAGUCAUAUGGGAUAUAAUGCGGUGCUGGGUCAAAAAUCAUCCCGUGAAAGCUCAAUCACCUGAACUGUCUGGGAGCAUUAUUCUUUCCAAAGAACCUGUUCUGCAGGCAAACUUUUCACGGGCGGUUGCAUCACUGAGCAAGGCACAGGCAAAGAAGGUUGCACGUUUCCUUCCCAACCCGGAACGGCAUUGGGGCCCAAAACUCAGAGCAGGCCGGCAGAUCACGAGCAAACAUGUUUCUCUCUUGGGCCCAGAAGCAGUGAAUGGAUUAAUCAACAACAGCCACGACGAAGAGAGUGAAGAACCUGCAGCAAAGCGUACGAAGACAGAAGAUCCCGUUCUUGAUUCAUAGAGUUAAUUAAUCUCUCAAAAUUUAAAUGUCUUGCUCUCCCAUGCCGAGUUUUUGAUCUGAUAAUAAUAUGUUAAUUCUGCUGCCAUUGACUUGCUCAGAGAAGGAAGAAGCAGACCAUUCGAGCGAAGUUGUUUCAUCAAAAUGAAGAGACCACAGACAAGUGUGUUAAAAUUUUGAAUCCUCAAGGAAAGUCUUUUUUUAUUUAUUCGCGUGUUUUAUUGCUGUCCGUUCUCCUGUGUACAAACAAUAUUUAUUUGUGUUUUCGCCCAGCUAUGAAUCAUGAACUACCGAUGUGCUGGAAACAGAGAUUAUCUCCGGAUACAGAAAUUUUUAU